AUGGACGGCUGGGACGACGACGACGACGACGCGUUCGUUUUGGCGAAUGUCGACGUUGACGCCGUCGCGCGUCGCGCGCUGGCGUCCAGGCUGAACGAUGGCGACGCGAACGACGCGGUGCGAACGCGAAAGUCGAUGGGGGAUAAAAAUGCGAUCGCGGUGCGGCGCGGUGGCGACUUGAGCGGGAGAAAAGAGAAUUUAGAUGACGUUCCGCUGCGCGCGCGCGCCGAGUUCGCAAAGUCGCGCGACGAAGCGAAGAAAACGGGCGACGGUGGACAGUUGACGGUGACAUCGAUGUUUGCGGCGGCGGUGGGAACGCGGGCGGCGCCAACGACGGUGAUGGGGGAGAUACAGGAGCGCGUGAAGUCGGGCGCGCGGGCGUCGGCGGCGAAUCAAGGCGCACCCACGGGAGAGGAUCGAGGCGGUUGGAAGCGAAAGCGACCGGAGCAGGAGCGGGGGAAGCGCAAGCAUCAGGGGACUUUACCGAAGGAACUCAUGAUACGGAAGUCGAACGAUGCGAAGGAGUUGGAGGCGUUACGAACAAACCUGCCUCCGGAUGCCUUGGGCGCGCGAGACGCCGCCGGACUGACGAUGUGUCCAACCGCGGGUGGUCCGGAAGGUUUGCCCAUGGACCCGGAGGCUAUACAGACGUAUGUCUAUCCAGCGCAGAUAGCUCGGAGAGAGUAUCAGUACGAAAUCACGCGAAACGCGUUGUUGACGAACUCGCUCGUGUGUCUACCGACAGGUCUGGGGAAGACGCUCAUCGCCGCGGUGGUCAUGUUCAAUUAUUACAGAUGGUUUCCAACCGGGAAGAUCAUCUUUAUGGCCCCAACGCGACCGCUUGUCGAUCAACAGAUGGCGGCAUGUCACGGAAUGCUGGGCAUUCCGAGGGAAGAUACCGUCGUGCUCAUGGGAACGACGAAGAAGGAUGAGAGCGGGUCGCGGAGAGAUUUUUGGCAACAGAAGCGUGUCUUCUUUUGCACUCCACACACGGUUCACAAUGAUCUAGAAAAUGGUGAUUUGGAUGCGAAUCAAGUUGUCUGCGUCGUCGUCGAUGAGGCGCAUCACGCCAGAGGGCAAUACGCCUCCGCGGAGGUGCUUCGUGUGCUAACGGAGCAAAAAGUUAGAUUUCGUCUUUUGGCGCUCACUGCGACGCCUGGGCAAGGUCUAGAGGAAGUUCAGGCGGUGGUGAAGACUUUGCGGAUCGGGCGCAUCGAUUUUAGGAGCGAUCAAGACCCGGACGUUUCUAGAUACACACACAAACGUGAGAUGAUCGUUGAGAAGGUCAAACCCGACCAGGCGAUGUCUCAUGUGCAAGACAUGUUGUGCGAUUUACUGCGACCGUACUGCGCCAAGCUCGCCAGCAUGGGCGCACUCGGUGAGAACUCUUAUCGUAUGCAGCAAUUUAUCAACAACAGAGCCACGCAUGGCGCGUCACGAAUAGAGCCUCCAGCUUGGUUCACGCUUCAUUCUGCACGACGAGAUUUGUCCCACAACCAGAACGUUCGCGCCAAAGGAUCGGCGUACGCCAUGCUCGAAGCAGCCAUGGAGCUCAGCAAGGCGUACGAUUUAUUGUUAAAACUCGGCGCUAAAGAUGCGUACGAAUACUGCGAGAGACGCGGCGCAGAAAAGCAGUCGACGCUGAUUCAUCGCACCGAUCAGGUAUCCAGGGAAGUCGUUGAUUUGCUUCGUUCAAUGUCGUGCAAUGGCGCGCAUCAUUCACCAAAACUCGACAGGCUAACGUCCAUUCUGAAGCAUCAUUUCAAGGAAUCUACGGCAGAUACCCGCGUUAUUAUCUUCACCUCGUACAGAACGAGUGUUAAAGACAUCGUGCGCGCUCUUCGCGACGUUCCAGCCGGAGCAGACACCGCUUGUAAGAUCAAAGUUGCGGAGUUUGUUGGCCAAGGCGAUACAGCAGCUGGGAAGAAGCGUGGAGGCGUCGGUGGGGCCGGAGGCGACGAUCGAGGUACAAAGGGGCAGACACAAAAAGAACAAAAGCAAACACUCGUGGACUUUAGAGCGGGGACGCUAAAUACACUCGUGGCGACGUCCAUCGGAGAAGAGGGGUUGGACAUUCCGAGUGUCGAUUUGAUAGUCUUUUUUGACGUCGUCGAUAUCAUCAGGGCCAUUCAACGCAUGGGUCGCACCGGUCGUGCGCGGGACGGUAAAGUCGUCAUUCUUGCCACAGAAGGCAAAGAGUUCUCAAAGUAUACCAGUGAGCAGAAGAAGUAUGAGACAUUGAUGUACUGCCUUCGAGUUCCUGGGAACCACUUCCAACUCGACAAGAACUGCCCACGAAUCAUUCCGGAAGGUGUGACGCCAGUGUGUCAACUCAUGAUGAUCGAUCCAUCGCCCGCUGAAAAGCGAACAAAAUCGAAAAUUAAGCGAGAUGAGAAAACGAAGAAACCACGUGGGAUCAAGGCAAUCUUGAACGCCGCGAAAAAGUUAAAGGAUGCUCCUCUUGAUCCAGCGAGUAGAGCUAUACUGUACGCUUACGAGUACGAAGGCAAUGCACUGAGUGAGUUGGACCUCACGUCGGCAACCAUUUUCCUGUCGCGACCUGAUCCUGUCUACGGUGUCGAACACAGUCAGCUAUCACGAGCGUUUAUAGGAGUGAUGGCUGACUUGCAAGGGAUGGUACGCGUUGAUCCAGCCGGCGUGGCGCUCCCCGGCGGUCCGUGCGCGAGUCGACGAGCUCAAGGCCUGGUGCAAACUGCCGGACCAGAGCCAGCGGCAGAUCAUCAACGCCCGACACAAAUUCCAGAUGAUGGUGAUGCGCCUGGCGCGGCUGACGCAGUUUUCGGCGAUGAAGAUUUCGCCGACGACUGGCAGAACGAUUGGCAUAACUUUCCAGAAACAUCGCAGGAUGGUCCAAUGUACGAUGCUGUCAUCAAAACGAGUCAAGAAGUUCGGGAGGAAUUGACGCAGAUGAGCGAUCCCGUGCCGCGGCGUAUUUCCAUGCAUAGUGUCACGCCCAAGAAACGCUCGCUUUUCAAAGAAGCUCGUUAUUCUCCCGGCGUUCUCACUACUGAUGAAGAAACGCUGGCUGAGAGGCUCGAAAAGCGGCGUGCGAACGACGUUACAUUUGCAAACAAAAGCACGCCGAGCGAUGUAGAAGUACGAGACGAGGAAGAUCGCACAAUACGCGAUCGGGUUUCGAUGCCUCCCCCUCCACCUCGAAUGACACCCCAAAGCGAUGGCAAAGCGUCCGCAACGACACCGUCGACCGAUGGUGAGUUGAACUUCAAGCGGCACGUCAGUAAAGUCGGUCGACGAGUACUGAUGUCGCAGGAAAUUUCGCCGAUUGUGGGUGACGGUUGUAGGUCUUCGAACGGCACCUUUUGCGAUGUGGACGAUAAUGAAAUUCAAAUAGUGGAUGACGAGGAAGACAAUGGUGGCGAUGAUCCGAUUCAAACGCGUCGGCCUCAGCGCGCACGGGCGCUACCUAUUUUCAAUCUACAAAAGAGGAGGAAUAGAAGGAAUAACUUUAUAGAUGACGAGGCGGAAGCGAGUGAUGAAGACGACGACGGGGAAGGAGAGCUUAGCUCCGGUGAUGAAGCUUUCAUCGCAAAUACUCAGAUGGAUGACGCUGCGAAUCAUCCGGGCGCACAUUUUGACGAUGCAACACCGGAAGACGCACCGAGAGAUGACCAUGCGCGCCGCGAUGUGAUGUCGCGGAUGCAACUGGAGCACACGUUUGCUAUGUUUGGUCCGAGAGAACGACGGGCGGUGCAAGACACGCCAAGUCCGACGCAGCAGCGGAGUGAAGGCAACCGUUCGAUGAGCAAGUACGAUUCGAGCUUCAUCGACGAUGGUUCGGAUGAUAGCCCAGAGGCAGAGGAUUCCGUGAAACGACCAGUACGGUAUCCCAUGAGGGAUGUUGAUGAAGACAUCGUCGACGAGCCAGCUGUUCAAACCACCGAUGAAAUGUGGGAUACUUUUGACGAGCAUAUCGAGGAAUGGGGUGACGACGGAUGGGGCGGAGCGAGUCAACACGCGAGUGGGGCGGAUGGCGGUCGGGAUCACGCCGUUGCCGGCGACGAUGACGACGACUGGUAG